UUUAACUUCUUCACUCUCCUCUCCUUUCUUUCUCAAACUUCGUUCAAUCGUUAACAAAGAAAAACUCAACAAUGGCGAUCAUCUCCGAUUACCAAGACGAAACCCAAACUCCCUCAUCAUCUUCUCAACCAAAACCUUCGAAAACUAUUCCCUUUUCUUCCACCUUUGAUCCUUCAAAACCAACUGCUUUUCUUGAAAAGGUAUUCGACUUCAUCGCUAAGGAAAGUACUGAUUUCUUCGAUAAGGAUUCGGCUGAGAAGAUGGUUUUGUCUGCUGUUCGUGCUGCGAAGGUGAAGAAAGCCAAGGCUGUUGCUGCUGAGAAGGCUAAGAUUGCUUCCCAGGAGAAAGCAAAGGCUGCUGCGGGGAUAAAAGUGAACGAUGAGAAGUCCGGGGUUGGGACGGAGAAGAAGGAUGGGGAAAGUGGCUUAGCAGCUCCAAAUCAAGGUAAUGGCAUGGAUCUGGAGAAAUAUUCCUGGACUCAAACUUUGCAAGAGCUCAAUGUGAAUGUUCCGGUGCCAAAUGGAACAAAAUCAGGGUUUGUCAUCUGUGAGAUAAAGAAGAAUCAUCUAAAAGUUGGACUCAAAGGGCAGCCACCAAUUAUUGAUGGGGAGCUGUAUAAAUUUAUCAAGGCUGAUGAAUGUUAUUGGAGCAUAGAGGAUCAAAGUACAGUUUCUAUUCUUUUAACCAAACAUGAUCAAAUGGACUGGUGGAAAUGUUUGGUAAAGGGUGAUCCUCUAAUUAACACCCAAAAAGUUGAACCUGAGAGCAGCAAACUUGGUGAACUGGAUUCCGAGACUCGAAUGACCGUUGAAAAGAUGAUGUUUGAUCAGAGACAGAAGUCUAUGGGCCUUCCUACAAGCGAGGAGCUCGAGAAACAGGAAAUGAUGAAGAAAUUUAUGAGUCAGCAUCCUAACAUGGACUUCUCUGGUGCAAAAUUAUCUUAGAAAGUUAGAAUGAUGCUAUCCUCAAUGUUGGUGCUGAAAGUAUUACAUACAUCUCUUUUGAAAUACAUUAUGGGAUCAUUUAGUGAUAAUAUUUAGUGCUUAUGUUUUGACAUAGUUCUAGUGCAAACAUCGAUGUUUAUGUUUGGAGAAAUCACAUUGACUUGAACAUAUUUUUGAGUUUUUUUUAUGAUGCUUUCAGUAACAUUAAGAAAAAGAUAAUU